AGGAAAAGGCAUCAAAUAACUAAUUAGUAGGCUCUGUAGUGAAGGAUCUUAUGUUGAGAAGUAGUGAGAUCUGAUAAGGAUAUCUUUGCAAAAGCCUACGUAGGCAUAGUUAUGCAAGUUCGUUAUUGUGAUCUUCACGCUUUCUGAGUAAAUUCCUCCCAAAGAGUUUAUCAAGUUUAGAAAGUGUCUUCCAGUUCACCUGGAUGCUUGAUUAUAAUAUGUAGCCUUUGCUUGGGCUCAAUUCCCGAAUGUGGUGCUCAUCCUGAAACAAAUAAAGCAAAGUAAAAUGCCGAUUUCAAAUGUAUGGCUUUCUUGUCUCAAAAACAUUUUGCCAUGUUCUUUAUUUGAAACGUCUCUGAGAUGGCUUGCUUUCAUGCUGAAGUUGGAACCUUGACACUUCUCUAGCAAAUCUCAAUUCAAUCCCGUAAUUUGUUUCGAAUCUAUUACGAUGAACAUGAUAUUGGAAGGACUGUUGAAUUUGGAAAGCAGGACUCGUAUUCAAGUAGAAUCUGUAUGUCAAAAUGUGCACAUGUUAUACUUUUUGGCUGCUGUUUGUUGCUCUUCCAAUGAAACAUUUUGAACACUUUGAGACCGUUCACUAUUCCUAUGUUUAAACCUGUAUAUUGCAGAUUGAGUAUCUGCCAAUUUCUUCAAUGGAGAAAUCAAAACAGGUGAUGGAGGAGUUUUUCGAGGUAUGGCAAGAAGCCAUGUCAAAAAGCUCCCUACCUGGUCGUUUCAUGCACAUAGAACCCAACUUUGCAGAAUAUGGACUGUCGGAUUACUAUACUUCUCAACACACAGCGGUUCAGUAUGCCAAUGUGAUGGCCCAGCUAAUCGCUACUGUGCAAGCAGUUCAAUCAGCCAGAAACUAGAAUAAAAAUUGCUUCUUUUUUUUAUUUUUCAGCUUGAGAUCAGAACUCUUAUGAUGUUUAAACUUGUUCCUCUUAUUCGAAUAAUGGAGGAUAAAUUUGACUG